UUGUAAAAUAUAAUUCUCCAACAUGAAAACCAUAUUGAUUUUGGCACUUUUCAGCUGCAUUGCUCUUACCGUUUACGCCAAAGAGUCUGAUCAUGAGCCUACUCGUGAGCCUACUCGUGAGCCUGAACCUGAGCCUGAUAAUGAAUUUGAGUGCGACGCCUGCAUAACAUUCGCCACUGUAAUUAAAGAUUACGUCGAAGAGAAAAUUCCAUUGGACGAAAUUGAGCGGGACGCAGACAGAUUAUGCAAUGUCUUACCUAAUGAAUUGAGAGAGUUCUGCGAUCACGAGUUGCUUCCAAAAGUCGACAAGAUCUUCGAAGAGCUGCUCAAACAUUCACCUGAUGAUGUAUGCGAACAUUUGCACUUCUGUGGCAAAUAAGUUUUAUAAUAAUUAUAUAAAUUAAUUUUUUAAUGUGUAAAAUAAAUUAUUAUUGAAAAUAAAUCUUUUUGUUAUAAUAAAAGCAAAUGUUUAACUUUUUUGCAUUAUAUAUCAUUCGAGCAGAUUGUGACCAUAAGCAGAAAUAAAAUACGUGGUUUCAUAUG